AUGCGUGCAUUCUUGACAGUUGUUGAUGAACGGGUGUGGAUGGCUGUUGAAGAUGGAUGGAAGUGUCCAACCAUUGUUGAAGAUGAGGAGAAACUGAGAAUAAAAAAUGAAGGAACUGAUGCUGUAAAGAAGUCCAGACUGAGGGCUUUGGCAAAAGCAUUUGAAAAUCUGUCUAUGGAGGAGGAAGAAACUGUAGCGGAGUUCCAUUCCAAAUUGUGCGAUAUCUCAAAUGAAUCUUAUGCACUUGGAAAGACUUACUCAAAUGCAAAACUGGUUCGCAAGGUGCUUGGAGUUCUGCCUCGGAAGUUCAUGUCAAAGGUUACCUCUAUAGAAGAAAUGAGAAAUGUCGAGGAACUUGAUCUUGAUGAGUUAAUUGGGUCAUUGCAGAACUAUGAAAUGAGUCUCACCUGGUGGAAGAAAGGCAAGAAGCAGAAAGAUCCCGAAAAAGAAAAAGCUGAUAAUAGUCUUGCAUUUGUGCAUAAGGAGGAAAAGAAGUUGAUCGCAGAUGCAUCUGAGGGUUUCACUAAUGAGACUUUUGCGCUGCUGACCAAGAAUUAUGCUAAAUUCUUGAAGAGGAAUUACAAGAAAAACUUUCCAGGAGGAAAAGAGAAUGGUCCCAGAAGAAACAUUGGUAGAAACAAUAAGCAAACUCAGCAGUUUGGUGACAAGAAAAUCUGGGGAAUACAGUGCCGAGAAUGUGACGGUUUUGGACAUAUUCAAGCUGAGUGUGCCAACACUCUUAAGAGGAAGAAAGCCUUAGCAGCUACAUGGAGUGAUAGUGAUGAAGAAAAUAGCUCCACCUCAAGUGAUAGGUCUAAUGAAGAGAAACAGGUGGUGGCUUUUGUGGCAAAGAGUCAUCAAUCAAUGUGUUCAGAGGAAGAUGGAAACUCAAGCUCAACAGAUGAGGACAGCGAUGGGAGACAUCAUGCAUAUGAGGAGAUGUUCGCUCAAUGGGAGUAUAUGGCUAAACAACUCAAAGGUCUCACUAGUGCCAAACAACAACUUGAAUCUGAGAAGGAUGGGUUGGAGGAUACUAUUAAAAAGCUCACAAAACAGCUUGAUGAGAAGGAUAGUGAGAUUUACAAACUGACUGCAGAUUUAAUAAGGGCUAGAAAAUCUCUUGAGUUUAUCCCUCCAGGAACUGCUGCAAUUAACCACACCUUGCAGUUACAAAAACCAUAUGGAGAUCGAACAUCCAUUGGGUACAGAAUGCUUUACAAGAAAGGGGAAAAUUUGGGAAUUAAUGAUCCCUCUUCAUCCAAGAACAAGGAAGAUAAGACUCAUGAUGACUCAAUGCACAAUACUUUCAGUCUUGGUUUUCCAGAUUCCACUAAAUGGAUCAGUGUCUCAUCUGGACCCAUCAAGUUGAAUUUCGAAGGAAGGAAGACUAUACUGGAUGGUCAGGUUCAAAAGGAGAGAUUUGUUCCCAUUUGCCAUUUUUGUAACAGAAUAGGACAUAUUAGACCCAGAUGCUACAAAUUGCAGGCGUAUAUGAAAGCUAUGAUCGAUCGUCCAAAUAGCUUUCAACAAUUAAAUCGCUUUACGGGAAAGUUGUCAUCUAGUGAGUGGAAACCAAAAUAUGAUCUCAACAAGAAUGUUGCAUUAGUUGCCCACACCUCUCUUUCAGCUUUUCACGAAGAUCAAUGGUACUUCGACAGUGGAUGUUCCCAAUAUAUGACCGGCAACAGAAAUGUGCUGGUAAACUAUAAAGAAGGAAAGGAGGGAGCUGUGACCUUCGGUGAUGGGAACAAGGGUCAGAUAUUUGGAAAAGGUGAUCUAGUGUUAAAUGGAGUAGCUCCAUUGACUGAGGUGUUGUACGUCAAAGGUCUCAAGGCAAAUCUUAUUAGCAUCAGCCAACUAUGUGAUAAUGACUACACUGUAAGUUUCUCUAAAACUCAUUGUCUUGUUGCAACUAAUGGGUUCUCAGUCUUGACAGGUAAUAGAACCAGCGACAACUGCUAUGCACUAAGCAAUCAAGUUUUAUGCAACAGAUCCUUUCUUGAUAAGCCAGACCUGUGGCACUAUAGACUGGGGCACUUGAACUUUAGAGACUUGAAGAGAAUUGUGAAACUACAAGCUGUCCGAGGGAUACCAGAGAUGAAAGUCACUAGAGAUAGGUUGUGUGGGCCUUGCCAACUGGGAAAACAGACAAAAGCCUCACAUCCUCCUGUAAACAUGCUUCUCACCUCCCGUGUGCUGGAGUUGAUUCAUGUGGAUUUAAUGGGACCCAUGCAGAAUGAAAGUCUCAGUGGUAAACAAUUUGUCAUGGUUCUUGUUGACGAUUACUCUAGGUACACUUGGGUAGAUUUCCUCAAAGAAAAGUCAGACACUUUUGGACUCUUUUCAGCCUUAGUUCUCAGACUCCAAAAUGAAAAGGAAUCUAAGAUUGGGAAAGUCUAUCAACUUCGAAGUGACCAUGGAAAGGAGUUUGAAAACACUGUGUUCUCCGAUUUCUGCGACCAGUUAGGAAUAAAACAUGAGUUUUCAGCUCCAAAAACCCCUCAACAGAAUGGGGUUGUUGAAAGGAAGAACAGGACCUUACAGGAAAUGGCUCGCGUAAUGAUGCAUGCUAAGGACAUUUCUCAGCGUUUUUGGGCUGAAGCAAUUAAUACAGCCUGUUAUAUCUGUAAUCGGGUUCAUCUGAGAACUAUCACGACACAGACCGCCUAUGAGCUUUGGAAAGGAAGGACUCCUAAUGUCAGUUAUAUGCACAUUUUUGGAUGUGUGUGCUAUGUCCUAAAUGAUCGAGAACAUUUAGGAAAAUUUGAUCCAAGGAGUGAUGAAGGAGUGUUUCUUGGGUAUUCGCUUAACAGUCGUGCCUAUCGUGUGUUCAACAAAAGAACUCGUUCAAUGGUUGAGUCCAUUAAUGUUCGAUUUGAUGACUUGGAAAACUCUGAAGAACCAGUGGCAGAUGAUGAAGCUCUAGUCUUAACUACACCUGUUCUAGUCCCAGCUAGACAAAAUCAAAUGGUUCCUGACACUCCGUCUGGGUCACUUCAUACUGAACCAACCGCGUCAGAGGAACAAGAAAUCUUAGUACCCCUACCUGAAGGAGCUAAUGUUGUUGGAACUAAAUGGAUUUUCAAGAAUAAAUCAGAUGAGUUUGGCACUGUCAUAAGGAAUAAGGCAAGGUUAGUUGCACAAGGUUACAAUCAGGUGGAAGGAGUGGACUUUGAAGAAACCUUUGCCCCAGUUGCAAGGUUGGAACCUAUUCGAUUACUUCUUGCAAUCGCAUGCCAUCUGAGAAUCAAAUUACAUCAAAUGGAUGUAAAAAGUGCGUUUUUGAAUGGUAUUCUCCAAGAGGAAGUUUAUGUGAAACAACCUCAAGGUUUUGAGGAUCCUCAGUUCCCUGACCAUGUCUUCCAAUUGAAAAGGGCCCUAUAUGGGUUAAAGCAAGCUCCCCGCGCCUGGUAUCUAACUGAUGGAAUAUUUGUUGCACAGAUAUAUGUGGAUGACAUAAUUUUUGGGUCGACUUGUGAGAGUGAGGUUACUAGGUUUGUGAAACUUAUGCAAAGUGAGUUUGAGACGAGUCUAAUAGGAGAUCUAUCUUAUUUUCUAGGACUUCAGAUUAAGCAAUCAGAUCAGGGAAUGUUUAUUUCUCAGUCUAAGUAUACCAAGUCCAUGUUAGAAAAGUUUGGUUUCACUCAAGUCAAACAUGCACGCACUCCUAUAGGCACCACCUCUAAACUGCAUUAA